AUGACCGAAGAAAAUAGUAAAACAGACAUUGAAAAUCCUGAUCUUAUUUGUCCAAUUACCUUUGAACUGUUUCGCGAUCCGGUCAUUGCAAAAGAUGGGCAUGUUUAUGAAAGAGAAGCUAUUACACGAUGGAUUUUACAACAUGGGACAAGUCCACUCACUCGACAGCCUUUACAAAUCAAUGAUUUACAACCCGAUGAUCGUUUGAGACAUCUUGCUCAUCAAGGACGAAAUUCAACUGUUUCCUAUAAUGCACAUGAUGCUUCUAUUAUAUUGCCACCUCUACGAAGAUUAUCGAUAAAUAUCAAUGUACGAGUAGCUCCAGAACAAACCUCGAAUUUAACUAGAAUAACUCGACAAGUAAAUCAAUGUCCCAUUAAGAAAAUUCUUAUAAUUAUCUGUUUAAUUAUUAUACCUCCCUUUAUCAUUUUUGGAAUUGCUCUUGGCAUAACAAACUUUGUAUCUAGAGGUAUUUACAAACGACAAAAACAUUAA